AUGGUCUUUACAUCCCCAGAAUGGGUGCCUCAGCUCCCUAUCGACCCUCCCGAUUCCAUAUCUCUCCACGACUUCAUGGCAACAGAGAAUUUCGGCCGGCUACCAUUUUCGCAGUCCAGGAACCCAUUCACUUGCGGCCUCACUGGCAAAACGUAUUCUGCCUCGGAAGCACGUCAGCGUGCUGACUUCCUGGCCCGCGCCAUUGCCAGGAAACUGGAUUUCUCGCCAAACGAGGGCGUUGAGUGGGAUAAGGUCGUUGCUAUCUUUUCAUUGAACGCUAUUGAUACGUUUUCCGUCACACAAGCUGUCCAUCGACUCUCUGGAAUUGUCACUCCUGCUAGUGCCGCUUACUCGGCAAAUGAACUUGAGCACCAGUUGCGAUCGUCUGGUGCCAAGGCGCUCUUUACUUGCACCGCUCUCAUAGAUCGGGCUGUCAAGGCUGCUGAAGCUGUCGGUAUCUCCAAGGAUCACAUUUUCCUCCUAGAGACUCCAGGGGGCAGCAAAGGGCUGAAAUUCACCACAGUGGAUGAGCUCAUUCAACAAGGCGUGGCUUUGCCAGCCUUGGAGAGUCUCAAGUGGGUGAAAGGUCAGGGUGCCAGACAAGUUGCCUACCUUUGCUAUUCCAGUGGAACUUCAGGUCUUCCCAAAGCUGUGAUGAUUUCUCAUCGCAAUGUUAUUUCCAAUGUCCUACAGAUUUCAGCAUUUGAUAGCGUCUCAAGACAACAGCUCGGCAUCAAAACCCAAGCCUGCCUGGGUGUGCUUCCUUUUAGUCACAUCUAUGGUCUCCUCAUCAUCUCUUACGCCAGCACUUUUCGAGGCGAUGGAGUUAUUGUCAUGCCUGAAUUCGACUUCAAGGCGGUUCUGGCUGCAGUGCAAAAGUACAAAAUUGCCCUCUUGUUCGUGGUGCCACCCAUUAUCAUUCGGAUUAUCCGAAACGAGGCUCUAUGUGCCAAGUACGACCUAAGCUCCGUAAGAUAUGUCUAUACCGGCGCCGCACCAUUAGGAUCUGAAGUCGUAGAUGAAGUUCGAAGGCAGUACCCAAAGUGGCGCGUUGGUCAAGGAUACGGCCUCACGGAAACUUGUACAGUAGUCUGUACGACUAGCGAACUUGACAUCGAUGACGGCUCUUCCGGUUCUCUAGUUCCUGGGACAAGAGCCAUACUCGUGGAUAUUGAGACUGGCCAGGAAAUCGCAGAGUAUAACAAGCCGGGGGAGCUUCUCGUGCAAAGCCCAUCCCUAGCCUUGGGAUACUUGAAUAAUCAAAAGGCAACUACCGAAACGUUCAUCUGGCGGGCGGAUGGCCGAUGGAUUCGGACUGGCGAUGAAGUCUUGGUACGCAAGGCUGCCUCCGGAAACGAGCACCUCGUUAUUGUUGACAGGUUGAAGGAACUGAUCAAGGUCAACGGCCAUCAAGUCGCGCCCGCUGAGUUGGAGGCCCACUUACUUGGACAUGACCUUGUCUCGGACUGUGCUGUCAUUCAAGUCUCGGAUAAUAGGACAGGCGAGGUUCCCAAAGCAUAUGUGGUGAAAUCUGAGAAAUGUGAUGGGCUUUCGGAUGAAAACAUUGUUCGUGCCAUUUGUCAGCAUGUUGAGACGCACAAGGCAAAGCAUAAGUGGCUUAGAGGAGGUAUCGAGUUCAUCGAUACCAUCCCAAAGAGUCCUAGUGGCAAGAUUCUACGAAGGCAGCUGAGGGACAAGGAAAGGGAAGCAAAAAAGCAAUCACAAGCCAAGCUAUAG